UAUUGCAAGAAAAAGUUGUUGCGAAAAUAAUUGGUAGAAAGCUAUAAAAUAUUAAAAGCAAUUUAAAGUGCCAAAACGUAGAAAUUUAUUAACUAUAAUUAAAAUAAAUUAAUAUAUAGUAAGCAAUUAAAGUAUGACUUCUCGAGUACCACAACUGCGAUUAAGUGCCAGCGCGUUAAAAUGUAAACAGGGCUGUGGCUUUUAUGGAAAUUCUCAAUUCGAGGGACUUUGCUCAAAAUGCUUUCGCGAACGUAACGACAAGAAGAAAAAACAAAAUUUACUGUCGAGUUCAACAGCAUUUAGAAUCGAUCCAAAUUUACCAAAAACAAGUGAUGGAAGUGUGAAUAGCAGCCUUGUAGCUGGACGUUUAUCUCCCAAAAAUUUGCUAAAUCGCUCGCCAUCGAAAAAACAAGAUGAAGCCACCAGUAGUAGUGGAACAUCCAAUAAAAAGAAAUCAUUAGUACCCUAUAGUGCUAUUAUACAAAAAACACUACAAUCAACAACGCAAAAAACUAGAAAACACAAAAAUGAAGAACAACAGACUGUUAUGCAAGACAAACCGCAUAUACCGGACGCAACGGAGAAGCAAUUUAUUUUACAAUUCAAACAGUUACGUGUUCCCGAUGAUGGAAAACGUGUGCUCAAAGAUGAAGUACAACGAUUAGAUGGAACUAUACGUAGUUAUAUGAAUAGCAAUGCCAAUAAAAAUGUUGAGGAACUUUCCGAAUUGGUGCAAAAUGCAUAUACAAAAUUUGCUGAUACUGUGCAUAAUAAUCAGAUAUUUCAAAUAGCUACCAAUGAGGAUCGUGAAAGUGCCAUCGAUUUUUUUGAAAAGGCUGUAAUGACACAAAAUCACAAAUUUUUGUUUAGUCCUUACUUUACGACAGACGAAGAAAAAGAUGCUGAAAUACAAAGGCGCAUACGACAAUUAAGUUGGAUCACUGCAAAACAUUUAGCUUGUAGUAUCGAUGAGGUAAACGCAGAAUCUCGUGAUUUGGUCUAUAAUGCAAUAACAGAGUUGGUCGGUAUAGAUUCGUACUAUUCACCGCAGGAAAAACUUGAAUGCACCGUACGUUGCUGCAGAAAUAUAUUCGAACUUUUAAAGCACUCAGUUGGUGGACCUGCUAGUGCAGAUGAGUUUCUGCCAGCACUCAUUUUUGUUGUUUUAAAAGCCAAUCCAGUAAGACUUCAUAGCAAUAUUAACUUCGUAACACGAUUUACAAACGCAUCUCGUCUGAUGAGUGGUGAAGGUGGUUAUUAUUUUACAAAUUUAUGUUGUGCCAUUUCUUUUAUUGAAAAUCUAACUGGUGAAAGUCUUAGUAUACCUGAAGAAGAAUUUAAUUUACUUAUGUCUGGGGAUAAGCCAUUUAGUACACCCUGGGAAAGUGCUUUAUUGGCUUGUGAAAGCUUACAUCUUAUAUCAGAAAAUAUGAAACGUAUGGAGUCAUUAAAGAAAUGCAACAGUAUUAUAUCAUCAGGAAUUGAAAAUCUAAAGAAUGAAAUGGAUAGUUUUCAAGUUGAUAUAACAGAAAAAGUUGACGCAUUACUAGCAAGAGCGCCACUAACGAUAUUACCAAUUAAAACUCCUAGCUUUCUUAUAAACAAGGCACGUAAGCAACUUGCAAAUGGUAAUUUGGCAACACCAACAUCUAGUGCAACAGGUUAUUAUAAAAAUAACUUAAUAGCCUCCAUUGUAUGUGAUGAAAAAGCUAAAAGUAAUUCUACAGAAAAAACAUUAGAUUUACCAUUUACUGCGCCGCCUACAACAUUGAAUGAAGCGGUAAAGGAUAAUGAUGAACUAUUAGCUGAAACAGCUUCUCACACACUUUGCCUCAAAGAUACUAGUACUGGAUCAAUUGGUCGUUUAUCGCCAUUAUUAACUGCUCAACCAACUGUAGAUCAAUUAUUUGCUUCACCAAUAUUUAGCUAUACACCAUUUGAUGAUAUAUCCUUGCUUGAUGAACGUUCGGAUUCUACUGAUGAACUUAUGUUAAAUACAAAUCUUCGAGAUGGUUUAACAAAUGUUAACUAUGAUUUUGAUUUAUCUGAUCCAAGUGCUGAUAAUAGUGUAGCGGAAGUAUCAAAAUUAGAUCUAGAGGAAUUCGAUCCUUUAUUGGAAAAAUCGAAUGAUUCAUGUGAAGAUAUGAGUAAUAUAACAGAAACAUUUGAAAACAAAUUGACAAUCAACUCCACAACAGAAUCUAAUCAAAAGAGUCUACUAGACAGUGAUUCACCACCUAAUGAAACUAGUUUACCUUCGCCUAUAAAACCUACUGUUACAGAUUAUCGUGGCUUUUCAAAAUGUGAAAUUCCAUCUAUAUCCUGUAAUACUGGGGACUUUAGUUCAUUAAAUCAUUCUGUCAACGAUGAAAGCUUAAAAAGCAAAGAAAAUAAUAAUCAACAAAAUGGUUUUAAAUAAUUAUCAAACAAAACUACAAUAGAUCAGAAGUUAUACACAUUAUUUCUAACUACGAAUUUUUACUAUAUUAACUGUGUUAGGCUUAUAAUAAGUGCUUAUUAUA